CAAUUAAAGAAUUACGCUGAAAAUAAUGAUUGUAAAGGGGGCGCGGGUUUUAGACGGGAGUGCGAAUGCGAUGAUGAAGGGAAAGGGAACCGAAGACGAUCGUCCAUGGCAAUCUUACCACACUGUUUACACAACCGCCAAAGCAGGAAUGGAAUUGGUUGACAAGGAGAAAGUUCAAAGGGUAGUUUAUGAAAUGAGCAAAGGAUCCAAAUAUUUUCAAAACGAGGAACGCAAGGAAGCUUUUAUUAAGCAGAAAAUUGAUAACCUGCGAAUUCAGUGUGCAAACCUCACACAAGAAGACUUGGCCCAUUAUCAAAAGGUUGCUGAUAGAAGAAUUGUUGAGCUGGAAGCUUCGCGUGACCUUUCAAGGAUUUGGUUACAUGUAGAUAUGGAUGCUUUCUAUGCUGCAGUUGAGACUUUAAGUAACCCUACAUUAAAGGGCAAGCCAAUGGCUGUUGGGAGCAUGUCCAUGUUAUCCACUGCCAACUAUGAGGCCCGGAAAUUUGGGGUUCGAGCUGCCAUGCCUGGCUUCAUUGCACGUAAGCUAUGUCCAGAAUUAAUCUUUGUCCCAACAGAUUUCAAAAAGUAUACUUACUACAGUGAUUUGACCAGAAAAGUUUUUGGGAGGUAUGAUCCCAAUUUCAUUGCUGGUAGCCUGGAUGAAGCAUACCUUGAUAUAACUGAAGUUUGCAGAGAAAGGAAUGUCAAAAGUGAAGAAAUUGCCCAAGAACUCAGAGCUGGGGUUUAUGAAGAGACUGGUCUCACAUGCAGUGCUGGAGUGGCACCAAAUCGCUUACUUGCUAAGGUUUGUUCAGACAUAAACAAGCCAAAUGGACAGUAUGUUUUGCCAAAUGACCGUAUGGCUGUUAUGACCUUUGUAUCCUCCCUUCCUAUCAGAAAGAUUGGGGGCAUUGGUAAGGUCACUGAACAUAUUUUGAAGGGAGUUUUUGGAAUUAACACAUGUGAGCAGAUGCUGGAGAAGAGUAGCUACAUUUGUGCAUUUUUCUCUCAGUCAACAGCAGAUUUUUUUUGCUCUGUAGGUUUAGGUCUUGGGCAGACAGAUUCUCCCCAAGUAAGAUUUCGGAAAAGUAUUAGUAGUGAAAGAACAUUUUCUGCCACCAAGGAUGAAGUGCUGUUGCAUAAAAAAUUGGAGGAGCUUGCUGAAAUGCUAUCAGCUGACAUGCAAAAAGAGGGUCUGUCUGGGCGAACAUUGACUCUUAAACUAAAAACUGCUUCUUUUGAGGUUCGAACUAGAGCUGUGACAUUACAGAAGUACAUCAGCUCAAGUGAGGAUAUUUUGAAGCAUGCUAAAAAGUUGCUACAAGCUGAACUUCCUAUUUCAGUAAGAUUGAUAGACUAUGAGAGUUCUCAUCUGUGCCUUAUCUGUGCCAGCAUAACAAAUAUUUUUAUUCUGUUAGGCCUUCGAGUAUCACAGUUCAAUGGAGACAAGUGUAGUGCUAAGUCUGAUCCUACACAGAAGACCAUUACCAAUUUCAUUACUUCGGGAGAUGUCAAUAGAAAUUGUAGUUCUUUUCCAGAUGUUGCAGAUCAUGACUUUGUCAGUAAUGCAGAAACUGAUAUGUCCAUUGACAGUAGGCAGACAGGUCAACUUGAUUGGAGAGAUCCUUUUGACGGUAAUUAUUUGUCAGAUGUAGACUACCAAAGCUGCACUGUCCAGAAAAGUGAUGGUGUAGAGGAGGUGCAAACAUCUAGUAAUGAUGCUACAAGUUCUCACUACAGUGGACUUACAGAAGUACUGGGAUCAACUUCUUACCUGGGGCAGGUUGAAGGCAUAAAUGUGAAGAAUGGAUCUAAUCUCCUGGAGGAUGAGAGACUUGAUUCUUGCUGUCAGGAGAAGACAAUGUUGUGGCUGAAUGACUACAAAUGUUCACUUUGUGGAAUAGAACUGCCUCCAAGUUUUGUUGAGGAAAGAUUGGAGCACUCUGAUUUUCAUCUUGCCGAAAAGCUUCAAAAGGAAGAAUCUAGUAUCCACCAAAAAUCUGUUCCGAGUCAAAGUAAGGGUCAGAAGGAUGGAGUCACUAGACAAAGCAAAUCCAAGAAGCAAAAGUUGUCGCAGAAAGAAGGCAGUUAUACACCCAUUGAUUAUUUUUUUGUUAAAAAGUAAUCAAAGCUGUCAAUUUAUUAUAAUGUACAGAAUAACUCAAUUUGUUAGUUAUUGUAUAAUAUGCAUGUUAUUUUUCCUUGUAACAUGUAUAAAAUAAUAAAUUCAUUUACUUGUAAUUUAAGUUGUAAAAUGAAACCUUGUAAUUUAGGUUGUAUUUAAUAUUUUCAUUCACGUGACA